GUUUCCGUUAUGGAGGCGUCUAUUAAGACGUUUUGCUUGUACAUCUCGGCAUGAUUCUUGUAUUAUUUCGAUAAGCACACUCCCACGGAUAACGUUAAGAUACAGGUUUCAUCGCUCUGCAACAGCCCAGAGUGGAUUUAUAUUUAUAUUAUCUCUAAAUAAACGGGGCAUUUUGAAGGAUGGUUUCCCUGAAAAAUCAGCCCAAGAUCAACUUCCUCAGCUACUGCAGUCUUGGUGCCAGACCAGACAGCCUUCAUGUGAGUAAUUUACUCGCCAUCAUCGGGCUACUGAGUUUUCAAAGCGCAGGACACGCUGGCGUCGCUCUAAUCGGUGGUGUAACAGCACUGGUAGGAGACCCAAGCGGGAAAACGAGCGCGAGAGAGCGUGCAGCGAAUCCUUACCAACCAUGAACUAACUUUCCACAACGACUAAGAAGUUUGGCACUGUAACCGUAUUGAACAUGUAAACUUUGUACAAAGACUGGAAUGGUUGCUUUUCUGGCAGACAUUUCCGAAUGGGGACCCUGCUCAGUAGGCAUGCAGUGACCAGUCCAGGUUGAAGAGUGCAGAACGCAUGAGCCUUACGAGUUCUCUUACCAGCUGUUUCAAGCCUAUGACUUCUACCACCUGAACCAGAAUCACAGCUCUAAGAUCCAGCUUGGAGGGACAGAACAACUGGGCAACCAGAUGUCUGGGCACAAGUUCAUACACAAUUAAUGGUGACUGAACAGGAGGUGUAUGGGCUGACCCUCCCACUGGUGGCCAGCUCUGUGUUGGACAAACUGGAGAAGACGGCAGUGUGGCUGAACAGGGUCAAGACAUCUCCGUUUGACCUUUAUCAGUUCUUCCUCAGGCAGCCUGACAGCAGUGUGGAAUGGUAUCUGAAGCUGUUCACCUUCCUACCUCUGGCCGAGGUGGAGCGGGUGAUGGAGCAGCAGAGACAGGAGCCAGGCAAACGGGCCGCAAACAAACCUCUCGCCGCCGAAGUCACCAAACUGGUCCACGACAAUGAGGGCAAAAGGUGCACCAAUGCCCGGUACCACAGUAACCUUCAGGCCCUGGAGCAGAUGCGUGAUGCUGAGCUGCAGGAGGUCUUCAGAGAUGCCCCCUUCCAUGAGCUGCUGCUGGAGCCAGGGACCACAAUACUGGAUGCCUGCCGCAGGGCAGAGGACAUCCCUCGGGGGCCCAAAGUGUAUCGCAUGGUUUCAGAAGGAGCUGUAUGGAUCAACCACAGUAAGACAGACAGCCCAGAACAGGUACUCAUCCCCGGCCAGCACAUCCUGGCCAAUGGACUCUCUCCUCAGAGUGGGAAAAAAUUACUUCCACAUCAUCAGGUGGCUCAAUCUACCCCUCGUCCCAAAAUAAAAGGUCACACAGUAGUUCGAAUGAAGUUACGCCUUGCCCAGUCUUGACGCAUUCCGUAGAACGCACACCCAGGAAAGCCAGUCCCAGGACUCAAACGUGAAGAUGACAAGGAGCUGAAAAUGUAUUUCCCCUUUUUGUCAUGGAAACCCAAGUGUUCGGUGAUUUUGAAGAGGAACUACAAAGAAAACGAAACAUAUCAAUUCUCCCUAAGGAUGGGGACGCUGUGCAAGCACUGAAUAUAAACACUAAAGUUCUGGCACUCAUAAAGUUACUGCCUCUAAAAGCAGUCGAUGUAGCAGUGUGCAAUUAGGUUUUAUUUCCUUUUUUUACUACCUGUGUAUAUAUUUAUUUUCAUAUGUAGCAAAUGAAACAUAUUAUGAUUGGGGAGGGGGGGAAACUAUGUAAAAGGCAUGAAUUUGACUUGAAGAAUUGCCGUGUAGUUUUGGUUCCAAAAUGCUGUUUAUAAAUCCUGAUCCAUUUAAAAAAUGAUUGGAUUAAAUAAUUGUUCCUCAUCAAAGUAUCCUCAUAGGUCAUCUGUAUGUAGGGAGAGAUUGAUGGUACAUAAUGUGUAGCCUUGUUUUUUGGGUCAUUUAAGUGUCACACAACGUGGGUUCUCAGCCACCCCACGAAAACAAUGCCUCAAAUAAUGAUACAUUUCUGUUAUGACUAAAAAAGUAAUAUGUGAAGUCAGCCAAUAUUUAUUGUAUUUUGUUAAAUCUGUAGGCCUACGUCGGUCACUUAAAUUCUGGAAUAUUUUGUUUUUUUACAAGUCUUCCUCUUCACCAUUUUUUAAAGAAGUGUAGCUAAUUUAUUUUUCUGAAGUGGUGUAGGGUACUAAUUUGCUGAAGGAUAAAGUAUCAGUUAACUGUACUGGUAGUAUUAAUCAACUUCAUCCUCUCCCUGACAUACUCGUGUCUGUCAGUUUAACGGUUCUUAAUAUUUUUUUUAACGAUUAGGCCUUUUUAUAUUUGAAAUGUCCUACAAUACCAAAUACAUGGUUGCUUCAAUACGUCUGUGUCGACGCUUUCACCAUCAGGUUGCCUUGGCAUUGUACUCCUGUUUGAUACAGAAAGAUAAUUUAAUUUGUUAAUCUCCCCCUUCUCCCAGACAUUGUUAGUGCAGAUCAUGCAAAUGUAGCUUCUAAAAUAACUUUAAUUUCGCCCAGUUACAAUCAGCCUUUGUUCAGAGGCUAAGAAUUGUCUCAAAGUAGUCACUCUGCCCGUGUAAAUCUAUUAAGUGUACAUAACUUUGUAAAAACACUGAGAAAUUAUACUAACUUAUUUAUGUCAAGCUUUUUUUAUGUAGAAUAAAAUGGGGUUUUGAUCAAGGUUAUCCAAAGUGGCAUUUACAUAUUUUUUUGUAAGCAUAUUUUUGGUAGUUUUUAUUUUAUCAAAAAAGGUUGCAACCUGAGCCUGAUUAAAAAUAUUUGAUGUGCAUUUUUCAAUGUGUGAUUUAAGAUGUGUUGCAAUCAAUUAAAACAGAAGAUAAAUCGUU